AUGAAGUCUAAGCUCUGUGGUACCCAGAACCCAAGUGGGGCAAUCAUGACCUUCCACCCAACCAUGGAAGAAUUUAAAGAUUUCAACAAAUACGUUGAUUACAUGGAAUCCCAAGGUGCCCACCGAGCUGGCCUGGCUAAGAUAAUUCCGCCCAAGGAAUGGAAAGCCAGGCAGACCUACGAGGACAUCAACGACAUCUUAAUAGCCACCCCCCUCCAGCAGGUGGCCUCGGGGCGGGCAGGCGUGUUCAUCCAAUACCACAGGGAGAAGAGGGCCAUGACCGUGGGCGAGUACCGCCACCUGGCCCACAGUGGCAAAUACCGGACCCCACCGCACUUGGAUUUUGACGACCUGGAGCGCAAAUAUUGGAAAACCCGCCUCUACGAUGCGCCCAUAUACGGCGCCGACAUCAGUGGCUCCUUAUUUGACGCGAACACCGAGCACUGGAACCUUGGGCGCCUGGGGACCAUCCAGGACCUGCUGAAGCAGGAGUGUGGGGUCGUCAUCGAAGGCGUCAACACCCCCUACCUGUACUUUGGCAUGUGGAAGACCACCUUCGCCUGGCACACGGAAGACAUGGACCUUUACAGCAUCAACUACCUGCACUUCGGGGAGCCCAAAACCUGGUACGCGGUGCCCCCGGAGCACGGCCAGCGCCUGGAGCGCCUGGCCAGGGAGCUCUUCCCGGGCAGCUCUCGCGGCUGCGAGGCCUUCCUGCGCCACAAGGUGGCGCUCAUCUCGCCCACGGUCCUCAGAGAGAACGGGGUCCCGUUCGGUCGGAUCACCCAGGAGGCUGGGGAGUUCAUGGUGACGUUCCCCUACGGCUACCACGCCGGCUUCAACCACGGCUUCAACUGCGCGGAGGCCAUCAACUUCGCCACCCCGCGGUGGAUCGAC